GAUAAUUUGAUUGAAAUGGUGAGCAAUCGCAACGCAAUAGUAAGCAUAAGAAAACGAUUAGAAAGCCUUCGGAGGCAUACAAGAUGAAGAUGGACCCCGCUACUUGCGCAAUUACUCGUUGUCCCUCCCCCUUCAACCACCUUACACAAUGUCGUCUGCCUCCACCUUUGACAAACCCCUCAGGCUUCCUCUGACGGAGGCUGACCUCGACGCGAUCAACGCCCACCUUUCCACCAUCUCGUCCGAGCCACAGAAGGUCCUCGCAUGGGGCGUCGAGCACCUUCCUAACCUCUACCAGACCACCGCGUUCGGUCUGACAGGUCUCGUCGCUAUCGAUAUGCUCUCCAAGAUCGCACCUGGCCAUGCGCCGCCGCUCAUCUUCCUUGACACGCUCUAUCACUUCCAGGAAACGCACGACCUCGUCGAGGAGGUCAAGAAGCGGUACGGCCAGACGGUACACGUCUUCCGCCCGGAGGGGUGCGAGACUGCGCAGGAUUUCGAGACCAAGCACGGCGAGAAGCUGUGGGAGGCCAACGAAGAGAAAUAUGAUUACCUUGUCAAGGCCGAACCCGCCCAACGCGCAUACCGCGACCUGCACGUCCAAUCCGUCAUCACCGGCCGGCGCGCCUCGCAGGGCGGCGACCGCGCGUCGCUCCAGCCGCUCGAGGUCGACGCGACGGGCAUGCUCAAGCUCAAUCCGCUCUGCGCGUGGACGCUCGCGGACAUCGAGAAGUACAUGGGCGAAAACAACGUCCCCCGGAACGCGCUGUAUGCCCAGGGAUACAAGAGCGUUGGCGACUGGCACAGCACGCAGAAGAGCGGCGCGGGCGACUCGGGCGAGCGCGCGGGGCGCUGGGCGGACAAGGCGGACAAGACCGAGUGCGGGCUGCAUAAGGAUUUCUUCGCGAUGAAGAAGAAGGCGAAGAUGGAGGCAGAGUUGGCUGCUCAGGCGCAGGCGCAGAUCCCGAUGGCUGCACCCGGCGCGGUUUCGGCUACGUAGAACUUUUGGAGAUUGUUAUAAGGUAUCUUUAUUUUUUGUAUUCUGCUUGGCAUACCACGCAUUAUUGUCCGCCGCGUCCUUGUCGACCCUCCGACCCGGAGAGCAUCAAAAUCCUGUACCUCCCCCUGUAAACAAAUGCAGCAAAUGCAACCCCUCCUAC